AUGACAUUAAAGACUGAUGUCUCUGAUGUAACAACAAAUAUAAUUGUUCAAAUAAUAUUUUACAUUUUUUAUGGAAUAAUAUUUGUUAUUGGUAUAUUUGGAAAUGGUCUUGUUUGUUAUGUAGUUAUUAAAAAUCCACAUAUGCAAACAGUUACAAAUUCAUUUAUAACAAAUUUAGCAAUAAGUGAUAUUUUAUUAUGCAUAUUAGCUGUACCAUUUACACCAUUAUAUACAUUUAUUGGUCGUUGGAUAUUUGGUAAAUUAAUGUGUAGUUUAGUACCAUAUAUACAAGGUGUUAGUAUAUACAUAAGUACAUUUACAUUAACAAGUAUUGCAAUUGAUCGUUUUUUUGUAAUAUGUCAUCCAUUUAGACCAAGAAUUAAAAUUAAAAAUUGUCUUUUAAUCAUUGGCUCAAUAUGGAUUGCAUCAAUAAUAUUAACAUUCCCAUAUGGUAUUUAUAUGAAUAUACAAGAAUUAUAUUACUGUGAAGAAAAUUGGCCAAGUCAAAAAUUACGUAAAAUAUUUGGCUCAUUUACAUCAAUAUUACAAUUUGUAUUACCAUUUUUUUCAAUUGCUAUUUGUUACAUUUGUGUAUUUGUUAAAUUAAAUAAUAGAUCAAAAUAUAAGCCUGGUUUUAAAUCAAGUAAAAAAGAAGAAAUUGAUAAAGAAAGAACUAAAAAAACUAAUCGUAUGCUAAUUGCAAUGGUUACAAUAUUUGGAUGUUGUUGGUUACCAAUAAAUACAAUAAAUAUUAUUGAUGAUUUUUUUGCUGAUGUUUCAUAUAUUUGGAAACAUUAUAGAUUAUGUUUUUUUAUAUCACAUUGUCUUGCAAUGAGUAGUACUUGUUACAAUCCAUUGUUAUAUGCUUGGCUAAAUGAUAAUUUUCGAAUGGAAUUUAAAAAGGUUUUACCGUGUUUUGAUAGUGUAACAUUUAAUUUAACAACAAAAACAACAACAACAACUUGUGAGAGUAAAAAAAAUUAUAAUAAAAAUGAUAGUAAACAUGGGAAUAUAAUAUUUUCUCAUAUUGCUGAAAAAUCAAUGAUUCAAGAAAGUAUUCAAUUAGAUUUGAGAACAACUUCAACAACUCCAUUUCAACUUGAAUUUAAAAAUAUAAAUCAAGAUAUUUUAGAGAAAAGAAAAGUUACAAAUUGUAUUGUUUCGAAAACUUUUAAAAAUAGUUUCAAAUAG